CCUGGUUCAUUUUCGCCUGUUUGGGACUAAGUCAGUGUUCACCCUCCACUUACUGCCCACGUAAAGGCAGGAUCCAGCCAGGACGUGUCCGUUCGCUCCGUGGCACACCAGGUUGUCUCCGGACCGCUGCUGGGAUCCACUGAGGCCGUGAAGGGUGACGCCGAGGACGCUGGGGGACACCACACUGUAGGCGCUGCUGGACACGCGCGCUCCGUUCAGCGUCCAGUAUAAAGUGCUGGCGUGCACGCCGAGCUCGGGGCUCAGCGUGCACGUGGCCGUUAGACUGGAGCCAAUCAGCAGAAAGGGGUCCUGGGGGGAGAUCACCGCCACAUCUGGGUGUUGGAGACACAUGGACACAAAACAACCUCUUAAGCCAAAACCAGUAUGAAGGCUUCAUGUGAUAAUCAAGUCCUGUCAUAAUCAAGUUCUCAAAGUCGAAUUAGUAUUAUGCUCUAAUUACUGAAUGUGACAGAAUAAAUACCCAGAAUCUAAAGUUGUUUAAGAUUAUCUACAAAACCAGAAGAUCCUCACAUCCAGGCCUGACCAAUAAAAUAAUAUAAUACAUCAUCCUUUGACGGUUUUUAGAACAGUCCCUCUCUCUUCCCCCAGCUAGACAUGAAUGUGGAAUAAUUUAACCAAAACGUUCCUCGGAGGUGAAAAAUCCUGUAAACUUGCUAAUGUUCUCUUUCCUAACAGGACUACAUUUAGAUUUGAGGUUUGUAGCCCCCCCCCCAGUCAUUGUUUAACCAUAACUAACUGCGCUUUCUUCAGCAGCAUCCGACAUCAGCGCUCGGCGGCUGUUUGUCUGAGUGUUUCUCAAACCGACAGCAGAGCCCGAGGUGAAACCACAGCACUUAUAACAAGAAAUCAUUAGAGGCUAAAUUUUUUGGCCAGCCGUGGGAAAACGUGUGUGUGCGCGAGUGUGUAUUCAUGUCUUUGUGGGGACCAAAAAUGGGAAGUUUGCUAUACUUGCGGGGAGCAAAUUCCCGUUCCCCACGAGUUUGAAGGCAUUUUGAGACUCAAAAUGUGGUUUUGGUGACGGGGUUACAAUUGGGCUACGGUUAGGAUUAGGGUAAGGGUUAGGCAUUCAUUUUCCAUGGUUAGGCUAAGCAUUAUGUCAAUGAGAUGUCCCCACAAGAUAUGAACAACCGACGUGUGUGUGUGUGUGUGGGAAGCAGCAGCCUCUCGGCACAUAUUUAUGACCCAGUAAUGAAGCGGAUUUAUGGAGCCCCGCUUGGAUCAGUCAGAGAGGUUACCCCGCUUAGUGGUGAAACCCUUGAAUGCUUUUCCAUACCGCGACCGUCUGAGGCGUGAGGUUUGCCCCUGUGAUUGAUGCUCAUGAGAAGCCAUCAUCUCUGUGUUUAAAUGGCACCACCGGGCUCCUUAUUCACAGAUAUUUGAGUUAAUGUGUAGAGUUUUAUGAGCCGUGCUGCAGGUGGGCGGUGGAUAAGCUUUCUAACAUAUGUUUCACUUCAGUGUUUUAAUCUGUAAUGUAAAGAGACAAUGUUUGAGGAAGAUCACAGCAGUUCUCAUCCUCUGCCCGCGGUGAGAGGGAAUUAACCACAGUGCUAAUUACGAGCGCAGUAAACAAUAUAUCUGUGAUAAUAUGAAAAAUGAAUACUGUUCUAACUGCACACCUCAGCACACGGACAUACAACAUUAAUCCACACAGCACAAGUCUCUUUGGCGAGCUCUCUAAUCUUUCUUCAGGAACAGUUCUCCUGCUUUGUUGAGGGACACUCCGAGAAUUUGAACCAAACAUGUCAAAUUUGGAUUCAGACCUCUGGCCACUGGUUUCCAGUCCAGUUCUUGGUUAACAUGGAACACCCCAGCCUUUCUUCCCCGUUUCUCUUGCUUUUUAGUCAGCCUUCCACUGAGACCAUUUCUGAUGAGGCUUGGUGAAAGCCAUGCUGGUGCGAAAGCAGUUUAUUCCGUCAGACUGUGCUAUUUUGGUGUUUUUUUUUAAACUAAAGGAAUGGGAACUAAUGAUGUGUUUUUGCAGCUAGUGACAAAAAGCCUAAAGACAUCAGUUAAAACUAGUUAUUUGCCAAGUUUUCUGUUAUAUGUAGGCACAACAUCCCAUAGUUCAUCCCUUGGGUUAGAUGCCUUUUCAUGCUCGCAUGAUUCAGUGGUCAGUGUUAACAAACAAACAAAACCCAUUCCUCUGAAAAUGGUCAGGUCUGACGACAGGACCGAACAUGAGCGAAAAGGCAGCCAAUCUCCAAAGAAACACUUUCAAAGACCUUCAGAAAGUUGGAGAACUGUUGCUCAAGAGCACUCGAGGAAUGUCUGGCUUCUUGGAGGCAAAAUAUAAAAAUAUCUUAAAGGGAAAUUAGGAGUGGCUCAAGACUUUUGCACAGUGCUGUAUACAGUUAUCUGGCAUCAGUUUUGCCGUAAAGCAAGUACAAAGUCAUAGGUAAGAUUUCCUCUAUGAUCUUCUUCUUAUUACCUCACUGACUGCCAGGUAUCAGACACAGACACAUUUACUGCAUUACUACAUUUUAAAUAACGUUACUUUGCAGAUAGUUCUGAGUUACCAAAGUUUAAUCCUUAUAAAUAAGAAUUAUUACAGGUGAGGAACAAACUUGUUCACGCAGUUGAACAUGAACUUGUUCUCUUGCUUCGAGCGCUGCUCUGCACUCUCCUUUAGACAGGAUCAAGGUGACGUAGCUUUACCCGAAGUUACCGAAAGUUCGGUGUUACUCACGCGUCGUGGAGAACAACACGCGUGGAACCAGGAGGAUCACCAACACGAUGGGAAUCAUGCUUCUCUCUGCUGCUGUCCGCUCGCAGCUCCAGGAGCUGAAGCUGGAGGAAGAACUGCGCAGCUGCACUCCGUGAGAGAGGAUCCCUCCUCUGACUGCAACCCUCACGCCCCGCCCCCCACAGACACACACACACACUUGCACACUUUCACUGCUGCCAUCCUUCCUAUGCAGAGAGAUGCUUCAGGUGAGGCGGUGACAACUGUCAGGUUUGAAAAUCUCACCUUUCCUGACAUCACCACGCCUAUUACAAUACGUCAUUUCCUGUCAGUGUUAGGCGAGGCUUUAUCCUCACCAGUUAGUGAUGGAAGUUAAAGUCAUGUGAUACUAAAUGAUUUUAAAAAAGAAAUAUUCUUAUGUAAAGAAACGAAACCAGUCAUCAGUCCAAGUGUCGAGCUCUCUGUUCUCGCACAGCAUAUUUUUUUAACACAACCCCACUGAAUGCAAAAGCUGUGGGGGUUUGUUUUGUUUUUACACCUGUAAAACAACUUAUUUUAAGUUAUUACAGUUUAUUAGCUCUAAUGCAGGAGAGCAGGUAAUACUGUAUUUUGUGUUUUUAAUAAUAUUUGGGCUGCAGUCUUUCACCACAUGGAUGUAAUGCUCUCACCUCUGAGUGAAUCUGUUCUAUCCUGAAGAGUGGGAGGCAUGCAGUUGUAAACUCGCCCAAUCCAGAUGUUAUUUCACAAAACACAUUUUAAAACAUCUGCACCAAAGAUAUUUUUACCGAUGUAAAAAUGGAUUUAAAACAUCGCCCCUGCAUUCACACAGAAUUGGCACUAAUGAGAUGACGGGAAGAACAAUGCAGAAUAAAAAGUGCAUCACGUGUUCUUCCAAACACAAGAGGAAAAACUGUAAAAGCUCAUCUGCAGGUAACCCAGCAGUAAACCGUUCUUCUAACAGGCGUGACCGUGAGUUGCGUGUUGUGUCUCUGUGAGGUCUCAGGUGUGGGUCAGGUCCUCCUCUCCGCUGCUCGUUUAUGCACUGCAGCAAAGGCUGCUCUGCGGAUCGAGUAGGCUGUUUGAGGGGGGCCGGCGCGUGCGUGAUGAUGAUGAUGAUGAUGCGCGUGACGCCACGGGCAGAGGCAGAUCAGCGGAGCGGCAGACGGGACCCGGGCUGAGGCAGCAGCAGCAUCCGCAGCAGCAGUGGCGCCACAAAGCGACUCUCCGCGGCUCUCUCCGGGAUCUGGCAUGCUUCGGCUCGGCGGCAGGAUGUGCGCGCUCUCGGCCCUGCUCUCCGUGCUCCUCGCUGGACUCGCUGCAGCGUCCUCCGAUCUGUUUGACGACCAGCUGGGCGACAUCAAUUACUGCAAGAAGCAGUGCGCGCUCACCAUCAGAAACAAAAGCCCCGCUAAAGACUCCAUAAUGAACGCCUGUCACCGUGGCUGUCGCCUCUACUCCAUCUGCCAGUUUGUCAAUGGCAAUGCUGGCUUUAAUACCAGCAGGGAGGAGUGUCAGGGAGCAUGCCAGGAGGCAUAUAUUAAGCUGCUGGAGCAGGAGGCCUGCAGCACCGGCUGUGCCAGCCAGCCUUCCGAACCCGAGAUCAAGAGAAGGAAGCUGAAGGCCAUGACUCUCCGCCCAAAGCCGCCCUCUGUGAUGGAGGCCGUGUCCAGCUGGUGCAAUGACAUUGUCAGCUCCGCCCAGAGUUUCAUUUCAUCCACCUGGACCUUCUACCUGCAGGCUGACGACGGCAAGGUUGUGGUUUUCCAGAGCCAGCCAGAGAUGGAGUACUCUCUGCCCGAGCUGCAGGCUCCUCGAUCCAGCGUGGCAGACAAACCCUGGCCUCAGGUCCACUCUCACACCCAGAGACCCCACGGUGCGAGGGGACACGGGGAGAAGGGAACUCCCAAAGCUGCAGCGAAAGGGAAACACGCCGUCCAGCACCCGGAGGACCUCGCAUCUGAGCACGACUUCCUCGGCUGCAUGUCCAGACGUUCAGGCCUUCCGCGGUGGAUUUUAGCCGCUUGUCUCUUCCUGUCUAUCAUGGUCAUGCUGUGGCUCAGCUGCGCCAGCCUCGUUACCGCACCGGAGCAGCACAUCAAGACACAGUUGAGUAUCAACGGAGAUAAAGAGUUUCUGGAAAACGCCCACAAGGUCAACCCGUACCACCUGAGUCCCGUCAUCGCCGUCACCGUAAAGCAAUCAGAGGAGAGCCAGGAAGCCGGGCCGCUGCCUGUGAAGGUCGACUUGAACAAAACGUGCGUUUAGGAUGGAGAGCGGCUGUCUCGCUUCAGCGGGUGACUAAACUCUGAGGCUCGUCAGAGAAGAGGGGUGGGGUGAAAGAAACACAUUACGAUGCUUACUCCAUCAGCAGAAUUUUAAAGAAACAUAUUCUUAAGAGCAUGGCACCCUCCAUCUUUUAAAGUGAUCUCACACAAACAUAUAGCUCGUGUCAGUCAGUUGGGUUUUUUUCUGUGUCAGCUCCACCUGUCAUGCAUUUCAUUACUUUGUACAAUCCAGGUUUCGUCAAGCGAGGUCGUUCCCUAAUGGUUAGCCUGCUCAUUGCUUAUUGAUGAGUCUCGUCUCCGAGCCACGCGCGAGACAAGCAGAGAGGACAGACCGCAGCCGAGAGCGCUCGUGUCAUUCGUCAAGUGUGGACAAGAAGACAAACGCUGAGCUUCAUCUUAGAUUCAAUUUCCCUCGUUCUCAGAGAGUUUGGAUUAAUUAGUGGCUUGCUCGCAGCAAAGAGGGAAAAAAAAAGCUCUGAGAGGAAAGGAAGAUGAAUGAAAGGUGAGCGAAACACUCUGAGAGUAAUCCCUCGCAGUUUAUGAUCCGUUUACUCAGUCAGCACCGUGAUCUGUGCAGAAAUAGCCUCGAAAUUGAGAUUCGCGUCUCGACAGCGUGAAACGGUUCUCAGGUGAGUGACCCUCGCCGGGUUCGGAGGUACAAAAACAGCACGUCGGCGUCUGUCGUCGCCUCGGUCCCGUGCGUUUUCUGGAUCUUUGUCUUUUCACACAGCUCGAAUUAAAUCUUAAACCGGACGCCGUCUUUAAAAAUGAGCAAAAAUCGACCUUAAUUUAUUUUCUCCUCGUUAUAUUCCGAGUCAUCAAAGUGAGUUACCCGUUAGUGUUUUUGCAGUACCAUGUACAGCUCAGUCAUCAUGCAAAUGUAAUUAGUCUGUAUGUAAAAUACUGUAACAUCAGCUAGAGAGAGACACACACACACAAAGACAGAUCACACCUGUUGCUAUAUUAUUAAUAAUGCUAUUGUUAUUAUUAUGAUGAUAAUUAUUCUGUUAUUGCUCUUCUAUCACUUCAAGACUUCAUAGCUGUUAUAUGUGCUUUCUAAUAGCUGACUAUUUUGUAUGUCCUAGGAGCACAUACUGAUGGAUUCCCUCUGUAACAGUGUGUAAUGCAAAGCUUUUAACACAGACCUUUGUUAUUGAGCACAGUCGCAGUCUUAGAGAAGAUUUUCUGUUUUCCUCUCAGUGCUUUAGAUGUCCUGUAGCGCUCUCUUUUAAUCCAGGCUAUGUAGACAAAAAAAGCGUGCAUGCAAGUGAUUCUUUGAUAGUUUAUCUUAACCGCUCGCCACUACGGCACAACUCUACUGUAGACUUGUGAUUUUUUGUGUUCAUAUUACUGUAAACCUUGAAUAGAAUGCGUAAUAACGAAUGACAAUAUCCUCAUGAUAUACAGGAAGGACUCUUAAUAAUAAUUUUUUUAAAAAGCCAUCCGAUCGAUAUCUGUGCCGGAGGUAUGCCGCAAGGAACGUGAAGAUGGAUUUCAAACUGUAUUGUUUCCUUUUUACUGGUCUGUUAAUUUUCAAUGAAACGAUACAACAUGAUGAAAUAAAGUGUUUUCAUGGUAA